GCAACUUACGAACAGCGGCAAGAACGUGCCCCGUAUAAACGUCUCAAGCUGUCUUCUACGCGUUGACUUGCGACGCUGGAUUAGAAAUCCUAGUCUGUGCAGUUAGAUUCCCUUAUAAUUUGGGGCAAAGCUCGUAAAAGUCCGGUCUCAGGCCAAGAAUUGCUACAGCGCAAACAGCAGCGCAAAGCUGCUGCCACUGACUCCGAGUUUGACGUAAUAGAUCACCUAGGAUGGCGGGAGCAGGAGCCAAGAAGCAGUUUGAGGCCAACCGCAAGAAGUUGUCGGCUCUGCGGAUAGCCAUCGCGGUCGGGAUCAUCGCACAUGCGCUCAUACGCAUGGUUCUGCGGCAAGGAUAUCUAAGCAAAUGGCACUGGAUUGGGUUUGGUGCGACCUUCAUGCUGGAGGCGUUCGCCUACAGCGCCAUCUCGCGGUUUGCGGAGCCCGAGUACUCGGAGUCCGGGGAGCUGCUCUAUGGCGGUGCCGAUCUCAACAUGGGCGGCAUGUGCGGCUACUGGCACGACCUGCUAUACAUCAGCGUGUUCACCCAGGUGGCCACCUGCCUGUCCCUCUACCUGUGGUACACGCUGCUGGUGGUGCCGGGCUUCGCGCUCUACAUGCUGGCAGCCAACGUGCUGCUGCCGUACUGGCGCAGCACCAGCGGGGCGGGGCAGGAGCAGGUGAUGGAUGAGGCCACCCGCAAGAAGAUGGAGCGCACGCAGCAGCGGGCCGAGCGCCGCCGCAUGAAGUGGCGCUAGAUGGGGUUGGGGGUGGGGGUGGGGGGUAGCGAGCGUGUCAUACUGCAACUAGGUUCCUCUCCGCUCAAGGUGGGCGCCGGAGGCGCCGUGAGGAGCAGAGAGGGGCGGGGCGGCUCACAGUGCCGGCGACAGCAGCAGCAGCAGCAGCAGGGCGGAGGAGCAGCAGGGCGGAGGAGCAGCUGUCGGUCUUGAAGGAGCUGGCGGGGCGGCUGCGGCUGCGCGGAGUGGGUGUGCGAUGGGACAGUGUUAAGGCAGGUUGGUGGAGUCCCGCGCGGAGUGGGUUCAGGAGGAGUGGGCUCAGGAGCGGUUGGCCUGGUACGCUGGGCUGUGGGCCGGGUGCCGUGACAGAGGGCUGCUGACCUGCUGUGCUUGGGAUGGUGGGGUCCGCUGAGGCGUUGAGGAUUCGAGGCGCCUGAGGGCGGGAUCGCGGCGGCCGCGUGGGGAUGGGGGUGGGGAUGGGCUGGCUUGCACAUGACGUCACACGCGCAAUCGCCAGGAGCGUGAGCCCGGGCAUAACAUGUAAGAUGGACAGACGGGCGCUGCUCCCAGGUGGGGGCGGGUGUGUGGCUAUGUGGGGGCACGGCCGAGAGCCGGGAGGGGACCGAGACGAGGCCAUCAGGGAGGUGGCUGUGGGGGUCGGGAGGACCCCGACUCCCGGAGUGGGCGACGGGGUGUCACACACGGAUGGGCACACUGCGACGAGCUGAUCAAGACUGGUAGGGUGUGUUGGGUGGCGUCCUCUCUGGUGCGACGGCGGCCGUGGUUGGCCAUGCCACGGGAAGCAAAAGGGCGAGCGAGGGGUGUGCCAGGAGUGUGAUCAUGACUCGCCAUGAAGAGGUCGCACGAG